UCGGGGCCUUGUGGGUCGGAGCUUCCAACUGGAGGGUGAUUUCUGGGACCUCGGACCUCGGAAAGAGCCGGGUGGCCAGGGCUGCAAGAUACGAGCUUCUGAACCAGGGCUCGGCGGGUAUCGUGAGUGCCCCGGGCACCCAGAAAUGCAGUUCGGCACACCCUCCCGGCUGGAGGAGGGAGUCCAAGCUCAGCUUCUGAGCCCCGCGGCCCUUGCAGACCAGGUCCAGUCUCAAGCCGGCUCUGAUUGGUUAACCGUGCCCGAAGGCGGAAGUGCUGCACCUAAGGCCGCCCUAGUAAGGGCGGAAGUAAGCGCCUCCGAGGAAGUGGCUGCAGUAAGGGCAGAAGCAGGGUGCCCGGAUUCCGACAGGGGUCCUGUCCUCGCCGGGCUGUGGCCCCUCCGGGUUGCAGCGAUGGAGCUCAGCGCCGACUACCUCCGCGAGAAGCUGCAGCGGGACCUGGAGGCGGAGCACGUGGAGGUGCAGGACACGACUCUAAACCGUUGCGCGACCAGCUUCCGAGUCCUGGUGGUGUCGGCUAAGUUCGAGGGAAAGCCACUGCUCCAGAGACACCGGCUGGUGAAUGCGUGCCUAGCAGAAGAGCUCCCACACAUCCAUGCCUUUGAGCAGAAAACGCUGACCCCAGAGCAGUGGACCCGGGAGCGGCGGAAAUGAGGGAUCAAGAGCUGUACAGCCAUUAAACCGUAAAUCAGGA